AUGGCCUAUUUUUCAGCUUAUGUUUCUCGAUUGAAACGUUCUGUCACCCCACAACAAGAAUUAGAAACUGAGUCAAGCAAAUGUCCUGAAAAACGAGAAAUUGACUCUGCCCUGCGACGGUCGCCCAAGAUCAGUCGUGCGCCGCAGACAUUGAAGGAAUACAUCGGUAAAACAGCACAUGUUUACUCAGGACGAUCAAUCAUGUUGCUGGGCCGAGCGCAGCAGUCGGAGGCAAUCGCACUCGCCCUACCCCCCGGCCCCCCGGCAAACCACCUUAGACGUGGGGUGAACAAAAGGGAAGUUCUCACCCACAAAAAUCCGGAUACGUGGGCCGAACAAAGGCGGGAGCGCCCAGAUUCCGCGUCCUGUUAG